GUGGGCGGGGCCUUUUCGCAUCCCCCGCGACCCCCUCCUCCUAAUCCAGUCCAGUGUAGAAGAAAGACCUCCGUCAACGAAACUUGUGUCGCCAUAGUUCCUGUGUGCACCAACAGAAAAGGGGCGUUGUGUCCAAGAAGGGUGUUAUCUCACACACAGACACAUACACACACACUCAUCUGCUCCAUGGAGAUAAAAGUGAAGCGAACGCUAGCAGGACCCAGGCAGAGGUCCAGAUGAGGGCAGCAGGAGGGCUCCAGCUAUGCUAACACAACGGACUUAAUAGCUGCUUGUUCCCAAGCCUCCUGCUGCUACUGCUGCCACGCCCCCUUGAACGUCCAGCCAUGUUGCUGAAGAGGAAGCUGUACGUUGUCGUGGUGAUCGCCGCCGUCCUCCUCCUCAUGCUCGCCAGUCAGAGUAUCCAGAAGAGGCAUUUCCUCUCUCUGUCCUUGGACACGCCCCUCAGCUGGGCCACAACCACUGGGGAAGACUUCAGGAGGGAGCCAGCGCAUCCUGCUGGCAUCCCUGGCACACACAUUCCUCCCAUCACCACAAGGCUUGAGACCCAGAUAGAGAACUCUGAAGAUGACACAAGGCCCUGCGGUUGCUCCCAGUCCUGCGUCUCGGAUCUGAGCGUGUCAGAAUGGUUCAGCCGUCGCUAUGAUCCCAAACAGCAGCCGGUUCUCCACGGUGGCGAAAACAGCUUUGACCCCGAUGCCCUCACGUGGUGGCUGAGUCUUCAGCGCACCAGUAAUGACCUAACUCUACAGGAAGUGAUGUCAGAGAUGUUCAAGGUCAUUCCCCGUCCCAAUGUGGACUUCAUACCUCGACCUUCGCGUUGCCGUGCUUGUGCGGUGGUGGGAAACUCCGGCAACCUGCAACAGUCCGAACACGGCAAACUGAUCGACUCCCACGCCUCCGUGAUCCGAAUGAACAAGGCCGUGACUCGAGGUUUUGAAAAAGAUGUCGGGAAUCGCACAACGCAUCACUUCCUGUACCCGGAGAGUGCUGUGGACGUGGAGCGUGGUGUUAGUCUCAUUCUGCUGCCCUUCAAGCUCAGAGACCUGGAGUGGCUGACCAGUGCUCUGUCCACGGGACAGGUCAAAAUGACGUACAUGAGAGUGAAAGACAGAGUGGAGGCAGAUAAAGACAAGGUUUUGGUGGUGAAUCCAGUUUUCUUUAAAUACAUUCAUGAUCGCUGGACCGAGCGUCAUGGUCGCUACCCGUCCACUGGCAUGGUGGCCAUCAUCUUUGCUCUGCAUACCUGCGACCAGGUGUCAGUGUUUGGUUACGGUGCAGACAAGCAAGGCAACUGGCAUCACUACUGGGAGGAGAACCGCUAUGCUGGAGCCUUCCGGAAGACUGGUGUCCAUAGUGCCGACUUUGAGACUCAAGUGAUCCAGCAGCUCGCAAAGGAGGGAAAGAUCAGCCUGCACAUGUGAACGGGCCACCUCCCUGCACCCCCUGACACAUGUCUUGACCAGCCCGUGAACAUACGUGGACAUCCACCACUUAAUGAUUAAGAAGAAGCUUGAUGUCAAGUGACUUCAAGUCCUGCUGACUGUCGGCUGUUCUCCUGGCCAGUUGUCGUCUGGCACUGAACAACCAAACUUGAGCUGUCCUAGGGUACACAAGGGUCAGGACUCAGGACAAAGACUGCUCGUCCAUCUUGUGAAAACAUCCAUGUGCCUUUUUGACACCACUGUGGACAAUUCCGUCUUGCACCGUCCUGUAACCACAAAACGUUUCGCGCUGAGUGGGGAACAACCACAAACUUAAAGAACUAUUUGAACUGUAUACUAUUUAGGGAUAACCUCUUUUUUAAUCUGAGCACUUUGCCUUAAACAAAUGGCAGCCAUGUUAUUGCUUCAUCAACCCUUUUACACUGCAUCUUCGGGUGCUUUCAAAAAAAUUCCAAUCACACCUAAAUGCAUCACAGCAAGCCACUUGACAUUGCGCUCUUCUGCAUUCGGUCAACGUCGGGCACUGGAAUUUAAACAGGAAGAUGUGUGUGAAGUGUGAAAAGCACCCUUUCACCGCAAUUUUCAUGGUGGUCGGAAAGGGCACCAAAUCGGGAGGCAUAAGUUGGCCCGGCUAUCUAUCAGUAUCUAUAACAGCUAUCUAUAACAGAGUUUGUGUGAAAGGGGCUUUAAGGAUUACAUUCAGAGAGAGAAUGGUAACCGUCCUGAACCUGCUUGUCUGAUUAUUGGUGAUAUUCCAAACACAUUUUAUGUCUGCAUCAUUUUACAGGACAUCCACAAAGCAUUUCAUCCUAAUUGUUUGUUUCCAAAAUGAAUGAAAGAUACCUUUCCCUCAAAAAAGUUACAGUAAGUGAAAUGGUGACAGAUACUGUCUGGAUGCAGUCACUUAACAUGCCUUAACAUGAUCACACUGUUUUGAACAGCAUUGAUCAGUGAUCGGCCAAAAAAGGAUUUACAGUAAAAUCAUGUAUGUUUGCUUUAAAGAAUGUUAUCGUUUCUUAAUCACUAGAUUACGUUGCAGUAGCUUGUAAAAGUCCAACAACAAAGAACGUAGUCAAGGAGAGAAGUCACCUGUACAUUCGUACAUUCAUGACACAUUAUUUUGUGCUGUCGUAAGUGUAAAUUAGCGUGACUUGAAGGUAGCGCUGAAGUGGACUCCCUGUACUGUGAAUACUGAAAUCCUCUUGCUGAUUAUCAGUCGUGGAUAAAUGUGUGUGCAAAUGGCAAUGAAGGAAAAUAUGGAUCAGUCAGUAUUUGUUUCAUCAUAUUCUGCAUAGGCUUUUACUUACAAACGUAUGAAUUUUGCAGAAUAAUAAAUUCCCAUAGAUAAAAAUAUGGGAAUUAAAAAGAACAAUAUGAAUGCAAAGAAUAAAGUGAACUAUAAA